AUGGCACUCAUCCAUCGUUUCGCCUUUCCCGGUUUGCAGCCUCCCACCGACAAUCAAUCCGCCUCGGAACCGAAAAUGAAGCUCUCAACCUUUCUCUUCCUAUCCCUUACCACCCAAACCAUCGCCUUAAACCCUGCCAAACCCCUCCGGCGCCAGGACGGACCGUCCCUCCUCUGCCCAGUCCCGUGCGACUCAACAUGGUGCUGUCUAACCGGCCAAACCUGUCAAGAGAACUCAAACUCUGACAUUCCCUACGCGUGUGACGACCCCCUCCUACAAACCACAGAGGAGCCCUUCGCACUGGAGACGUUCAUUUCGGUGAUAAGCUCGAUCGAGUCGGAUGUCGUAUCGCUCGGAUGCAGUCUGGAGGGGGUGCCGAGUGGGAGCUCGUGCAGUAUCACCGUGACACCGUUGACGAGCUACACCUUUGAGACUGGGCUGCCUACUGAACGGCCGACGCCGAGGCCGGACAAUGUCGUGAGUAGUAGUACCAGCAGCGCUGGGGUUGGGGAGAAUGGAAGGAGAGGGGGAAUGGAUGGGGGUUUGCUGGGUGCCGGGUUGGGGAUGGUGAUGGGGUGGUUGGUUUGA